AGCCCAGAUGUGUUUGAAUCCCGUAUGGAAAAAAGAAAUGAUGUGAAAAAGCAGCCCGUGGGAUACUCCAAGCAAGGAGAAUUUAUCAAAUGUAUGGAGGAAAAGGCAGAAGGCACAAAGACAUCAAAGGGAGGUUUCACAAAAGAUAAGACGCUUGAUUCAAUUCUUAAUGUUGAGAUGGUGAAAGAAAAAUCAGCAGAGGAGAUAAAACAGAUUUGGAAUCAGUAUUUUUCUGCAAAAGAUACAGUUUAUGCUGUUAUUCCUGCAGAAAAGUUUGAUUUAAUAUGGAAGAGAGCCCAGAAAUGUCCAUCGUUUCUGUAUGCUUUGCCAAGAAAAGAAGGCUAUGAGUUCUUCGUGGGGCAGUGGUCAGGAACAGAAUUGCACUUCACUUCCCUCAUAAACAUUCAGACUCAAGGUGAAACUGCUCCCAGCCAGUUGGUCUUGUACCAUUAUCCUGAGCUGCAGGAGGAAAAAGGGAUAGUACUAAUGACAGCAGAAAUGGACUCAAAGUUCUUGGUGGUCCAUGAAGCACAGUGCUUGGCGAAUCAGGUGCAGCUUUUCUAUGCGACGGAUCGUUCCGAGACCUACGAAUUAGUGGAGACCUUCAACCACAGAUCUAGUGAAUUUAAAUAUAUGUCAGUUAUAGCAGAGCUUGAGCAAAGCGGACUUGGACGAGAACUGAGACCUGCUCCGGUUUCUGACAAGUCGUAGAGGGCGAAGAGGGCCAACGGCAGGCAGGGGGUUUCCUAGAUGGAGCGGUCCUGUCUCUUGUUUUAGGUAUUUGGUUUGGCUACAGAAAGGAUCUGGGGACAUCCUGGGAGUGCGAUAGUCAAAGCUGUCUGGCACUGAUGCAAGAUGAGGAAUUAGGCCAUUUGAAUGAUAAUAACUAAUUGCCAAAAACGGAGCCCUGUACUUCAGUGUAACUUUAUCAGUAUGAGCCAUUUGCCUGUCCUGUAACUCACUGCUGCAGGUUGUAUUUUUGAAAUCUGAAAUAAAGUGACAGAAGGGGA